UAUCGUGCCGGAAGAGAAGCAGUGUCUCUUUCCCGGCCAUCUUGUGGCAGUCGCUGGCGACAAGUUCGCUUCUAGCCUCGGUAGAAUCGGAGGAGAAUCCCAUCGGAGGGGCGCCAUCAUGCCCGGACAUCUGCAAGAAGGCUUCGGCUGCGUCGUCACCAAUCGGUUCGACCAGCUAUUUGACGACGAGGACGACCCGUUCGAGGCGUUAAAGCAGGCGGAGAGCAAGAGGAAGGACGGUGCUGCUCCUGGUUCUGGCAAGACCGCCGCUCAGGCCGCCAAGCAGCCGAAGAAGGAAUCGCAGAAGGACAGAAAGAACCCGCUAACUGACAAGAAGGAAGAGACGCAGCCGCCGGUGUCUCUGAAGAAAGAGGGCAUCAGGAGAGUCGGCAGGAGGCCUGAGCAGCAGGCUCCCCACUCAGGGCAGCAGGGCCCCCAGCAGGGAGCCCAACAGGGCCCUCAGGGCGAGGCUCGGCCCGGGGAGAGGAGGCCGGAGAGGAGGCCUCCCCGGGAGCGGCGCUUUGACAAACCCGCCGAAGACAAGCCUGAGGGGGGGGAGUUUUCUGUGGAUAACAGGCCUGUGGGAGAGAGGCCUCCACGAGGCCGUGGUGGAUCCCGGGGUGGACGUGGCGGCCGAGGGCGUGGCAUGGGCCGCACCGACGGGUUCGACUCUCGCGGCAAGCGGGAGUUUGACCGGCACAGCGGCAGCGAUCGGACUAGCUUAAAAGCCGAAGAGAAGCGUGGCGGGAGUGGAUCUCAUAACUGGGGCACUGUCAAGGAUGAGUUAAGCGAGCUUGAUCAGUCCAAUACCACUGAGGAAACCCGUGAGGGCGAGGAACACCCCCCUGCUGACUCCGAAAACAAAGAGAACGAGGUUGAGGAGGUCAAACCAGAAGGACCCAAAGAGAUGACUCUGGAUGAGUGGAAGGCGAUGCAAGACAAGGAGCGAGCCAAGGUCGACUUCAACAUCCGCAAGGCCAACGAGGGCGCCGACAGCCAGUGGAAGAAGGGAUACGUGCUGCACAAGUCCAAGAGUGAAGACGUCCAGGCCGAUGAUGCCGCUGGUGAUCACCACUUCCGGAAGCCGGCCAAUGAUAUCACGUCCCAGCUGGAGAUCAACUUCGGAGACCUGGGCCGUCCCGGUCGCGGCCGCGGUGGGCCCCGUGGCGGGCGUGGUGCUCGUGGCGGAGGUGCUGGUGGUGCCGGUGGCGCGGCUGCCGGCGGCCCUGGUGCCAGUGGCCCUGGUGCUGCUGCUGGUGGCGCGGCUGCCGGUGCAGGCAGGGUGGCGCGUGGGGGCCGCACUGAGAAGCCCAGUGGAGUAUCGGCUCCGAAUGUGGAUGACCCAGAGGCUUUCCCGGCCCUGGCCUAAGGCGACCCAGUGGCGCCCCACCCCAAAAGGCCCCCUCCGGGCUCUCCUCCUCCUCCUCCUCUGCAAGGCUCGCAUGCUAUUGGAUCCUUCAGCUACAAAUAAUAAAGAAAAAAAAAACACCAUAAAUGGAAGACUGUCAUCCAUACCUUUCACAUUGAGGACUGACUUAAGUUUUAAAAAGGAAAAAAAUGGACUUCUUGCUAUCCUGAAGCAAAUUGUUAGAGGUUUUGUAUUUUGAGACAAGGUAGCAGGGGCUGUUUUCUUACAGUGAUUUUUGUUUCCAGAGAUUAUGCAUUCUUCACGGAUACUAUUUUGUAUUGCUGCUUGAAAAUAUGCAUUUCCAAAUAUAGGUGUGAAGACUAUAACUAUAAGUUUAUGGUGUCCUAAUUGCUUGUGUUUUUCCCUUACAAAUGUACUAUUUUAAGCAUACAAUUGGACUGUCUACCAGCCAACAAGCUCUACCAAAAAAGUUAAAAGACGCUUAGUAUAUUUGAGAGUGGAUCCAGGACUUGCUUAAUUUUUUUUUGUACAGAUUAAAUGUUUCUGAAGCUAGGGAAGUAGUUAAUUUUGGUGUAUGAAGAAUAGCUGAUGAGUUUCCUGUGUAGGGUUUUGGUGCGUCCUGGUUUUCCUUCUUGCAGAUCUGUUGGUCCUUGGCCAACGUAAGAUCUUGUUUCAGUGUCAAAUGAAUAGUUGUGCGAAUUGGUCUUUUAAUGAUUUGAUUCCUGAAUCUACUCAUCUUUGCAGCAACUGAAAUUGCUUAGACCACUAAAUUUUAAGUGCUUUGUGGUGAUUUUGUUUGGGUAGUUUUGGAUUUUAAACAUUGUUUUAAGCCUUCGGUGACAGAGAUACAAGCUUUGGAGAUUUGUUACACAUAUCUUGGUCUUCUGCUUGGCUGUUCUCUGAUUUCUCCAGCAGCAAAACAAGAGUUUUUCUGAAGGAAAUGCAUGUUGCUCUCAAUAUGGCGUGAGUGCCUACAAUUAGCAUGACCGCUAACCCUGCUAUCCACGUCUGAUUGGUUUGUACGCUGUGAGCACACUGCUUCCAUGGUGGUGUUUCCGACAUGACCGUAAGCCGUACCUUUUGUGUUCCGUGUUGAGAAGUCGCUGGCGAUGUACACACAGAUUUCUUCCGCCCGCUUCCAUUCUGUAGAUCUGUUGGGUCCAGGCGACUUUGGGUUUCUGGGAGAUGAAACCCAUUUUUGCAAAACAUCCCUGUUCCAAUAAACUGCCGAGAGGUGAUUCCUGCCA